GGCGGGGUCCCCUCGCGGCGGGGUCCCCUCACGGCUGGAUCCCCUCACGGCUGGAUCCCCUCACGGCUGGAUCCCCUCGCGGCGGGGUCCCGCGCAGCCGGGGCAGGAUUGGGUUGGGUUGUUUAUCCGAACCUGCCACUGGAGGUCGAGGUGACGCCGCCGACUUUCCGAGCGCGUCCCGACCGCGCCGCCGGCGCGAUGGGUUGGGUGGGGCUAGGCUGCGGGAAAGAGCAAUAGGGAAGGGGCUGCCAGCGGUGUCGAGAAUUGCUGUAGCUCUUUCUGUGGGCAGGUGCUGCUGGUUUGUGGAUUAUGAGAAAAAAUACGUAAUUGCCAGAGGAGGCGAUGUUGUGGUGCUGAACAUCUCUGGUGACGAAUGCUCCCGCUGCUCCUCGCUCCCUCAGUCAAUUUAUUUAUACUGAAACCUCUUGUUCUUAGGUUUGCUUUCCUGCAGCGAACUCCUGAAAGUCUCUUUACAGUGAGAUCAAGGUGCCUUUUUCAGCUCAUCGUUCCAGAUGUCAAGCUUUGUCUAACUCUUCGGUUUCUCGUAGUUGAAAGAACAGAUCAUAGUGAUGAUGUCAACUGCUGCGCCUUCUCAUCGUCGUGCUUGGCCACUUGUUCCAUGGACAAAACAAUUCGCGUCUAUUCUCUGCGCGGCUUCGCGGAGCUGCCGUACUCGCCGCUGGCGGGCCACGCGUACGCCGUGCACUGCUGCUGCUUCUCGCCGUCGGGCCGCCUGCUGGCCUCCUGCUCCACGGACGGCACCACGGCGCUGUGGGACGCGCGCCACGGCGGCCGGCUGGCCGUGCUGCCGCAGCCCGGGGACAGCCCCGUCAGGGUCUGCCGCUUCUCGCCCGAGCCCGCCUACCUGCUGGCGGGGGCGGCCGAUGGCAGCGUGGUGCUUUGGAACGUGCGCUCCUUCAAGCUGCACCGAUCUGCGAAAGUUAAAGGUGGUUCUUUGAUGGCUUGUGCAUUUGCUCCCAAUGGAAAUUUCUUUGUCACUGGAUCAUCAAGUGGUGAUUUAACCAUUUGGGAUGAUAAAAUGAGAUGCCUGUAUAAUGAAAAAGCACAUGAUCUUGGCGUUACCUGCUGUGAUAUUUCUUCACAUCCAGUAUCUGAUAGUGCAAAUGGGUUCAAAUACUUCCAGAUGGCUUCCUGUGGACAAGAUAAUCAGAUCAAACUCUGGCUUAUUUUGUUUGCAGAUUUCUUAGGUGUUCAGUUAAAAUAUAAAUGCACACUGAGUGGGCACUCUGCCCCAGUUCUGGCUUGUGCAUUUUCGUGUGAUGGACAGAUGAUAGUCUCAGGGUCUGUGGACAAAUGCGUCAUAAUCUAUGAAACUAGUACUGGCAAUACCCUUCACACUUUGUCUCAGCAUACAAGGUAUGUUACAACUUGUGCGUUUGCACCACAUAGUCCCUUACUUGCCACAGGCUCAAUGGAUAAAACUGUGCACAUAUGGCAGCUUGACCUUAAGCAGCCCUGUGCAGGAGGUACUGUAGAAAAUGAAUCAAAGGUGGCUGUCGAGGACUGGUCAGAGGAUGAUGUUUCAGCCUGGCUCUGUGCACAGGAUUUAUCAGACUUCGUUGGACUUUUCAAAAUGAAUAAUAUUGAUGGCAAGGAACUACUGAAUCUUACUAAGGAAAGUCUUGCUAACGAAUUAAAAAUUGAGUCUCUAGGCCUGCGCAGUAAAGUUCUCCAGAAAAUUGAAGAACUGAGGAUGACAAUGAUCUCGGUGUCUGUUCCUGAUGAGUUCCUAUGUCCUAUAACAAGAGAGCUUAUGAAUGAUCCUGUCAUUGCCACAGAUGGCUAUUCCUACGAAAGGGAAGCAAUGGAAAACUGGAUCAGCAAUAGACGAUCUAGUCCCAUGACAAAUCUUCCUCUCCACUCUCUUAUGCUCACACCAAACAGGACACUAAAAAUGGCCAUUAGUCGCUGGCUGGAGACUCAGAAGAAAUAGUUAAACCACUUAAUUUUGAAGCCAUUUGUUAAAAUCAAUUGUAAUUUUAUGCAGCUGAAGGAACUAAUUUUAUCAGUAACAAAUGGAAAGUAAAAGUUGUGUUUCUCUUCUAA